AUGGUUUUGUGCGGGUUUUUCUUUCUUUUUUCUAUGGAACCUUCUAGUGACUUCCAGCAAAAUCUGGAACCAACUAGAGUGACUCUAGUCCGAGCUUUUUUUUUUCUUCUCCCUUCUGUAAGAGAGUCGCAAACAUUGUAUGUUUGCUCUGUCAACCCCCCCCCUCCCUCCUCGUCCCAUUCCUUCCGAUAUAAAACCACUUCAUCACCACCCUUCCCUAAAUCCUCAAGUCUUUUUCAUUUCUCUUUUUUUCUUUUUUUUUUCAACUUCAAUUCAUUAUUAAUAACAAUUAUACACUAUUAG